AUGUCGAAGCCAAAUCAAGAACCUCCAUCGAUUUUGAUCAGAGAAGUUUGGGCUUACAAUUUACCAUACGAGUUUUAUCUGAUUCGUGAAGCUAUUGAUUCUGCUCGUUUCGGUGAAAUGUUGAUAAUGUCUGGACUCGUGUUCAACAAAUCCGUUGUAUGGGUUACAUUCCACAGUGCAUAUGAUUUUGGAUACUUGGUGAAGGCUUUGACUCGACAGAAUUUACCUGACAAAUUGGAGGAUUUUCUUUAUGUUGUAAGGAAUUUUUUUGGAGACAAUGUUUAUGAUAUUAAACAUGUAGUUCGGUUCUGCAAUGCUUUGUACGGUGGACUUGAGCGGGUAGCUAGUGUAUUGAAUGUGAGUCGGAGUCGGACGAUUGGAGAGUUUCAUCAAACUGCAUCAGAUAGUUUGUUGACAUGA